AUGCGUGAGAUUCUUCAUAUUCAAGGAGGACAGUGUGGAAAUCAAAUAGGAACAAAGUUCUGGGAAGUGGUAUGCGAUGAACACGGGAUUGACCCCUUAGGACAGUACAUAGGGAAAUCUCAACUUCAGCUCGAAAGAGUGAAUGUUUAUUACAAUGAGGGAUCCACUGGUCGUUACGUGCCACGUGCAGUGCUUAUGGACCUUGAGCCAGGCACCAUGGACGCUGUCCGGACCGGUCCUUAUGGGCAGAUUUUUCGGCCAGACAACUUUGUAUUCGGACAGUCUGGUGCCGGAAACAAUUUCGCCAAGGGUCAUUACACCGAGGGUGCUGAGCUCAUUGACUUUGUCCUUGAUGUAGUAAGGAAAGAGGUUGAGAAUUGUGAUUGCUUGCAAGGAUUUCAAGUGUGCCACUCUUUGGGAGGAGGAACAGGUUCUGGAAUGGGAACUCUGCUGAUUUCAAAGAUCAGAGAGGAAUACCCUGAUCGAAUGAUGCUCACUUUCUCUGUCUUUCCGUCACCGAAGGUGUCAGACACUGUUGUUGAGCCUUACAAUGCAACACUUUCUGUUCACCAAUUGGUCGAAAAUUCCGAUGAAUGUAUGGUCCUUGAUAAUGAAGCACUCUAUGACAUCUGCUUCAGAACCCUCAAACUCACCACACCAAGCUUUGGAGAUUUGAAUCAUUUGAUAUCGGCAACCAUGAGUGGAGUAACUUGCUGCUUAAGAUUCCCAGGUCAGCUGAAUUCAGACCUGCGGAAGUUAGCAGUGAACUUGAUCCCGUUUCCACGACUUCACUUCUUCAUGGUGGGUUUUGCUCCUCUGACAUCUCGAGGAUCGCAGAACUACCGAGCACUAACUGUACCAGAACUUACACAACAAAUGUGGGAUGCCAAGAACAUGAUGUGUGCAGCAGAUCCACGCCACGGCCGUUAUUUAACAGCCUCGGCAGUGUUCAGAGGGAAAAUGAGCACAAAAGAAGUGGAUGAACAGGUGCUGAAUGUGCAGAACAAGAACUCUUCUUAUUUUGUUGAAUGGAUUCCCAAUAAUGUGAAGUCGAGCGUCUGUGAUGUACCGCCAACAGGCCUUUCCAUGGCUUCGACUUUUAUUGGCAAUUCGACUUCAAUACAGGAAAUGUUUAGGAGAGUGAGUGAACAAUUCUCUGCCAUGUUCAGAAGGAAAGCUUUCUUGCAUUGGUAUACUGGAGAAGGAAUGGAUGAGAUGGAAUUUACUGAAGCGGAAAGCAAUAUGAAUGACCUUGUAGCUGAAUAUCAACAGUACCAAGAUGCCCCGGUUGAUGAAGAUGGCGAUGAUUACCAAGAAGAAGAGGAUGCUCAAAGCUGA